AUGUGCGAAAACUAUGACAUCAAUGCUCCUUGGGCUCUCAUUGGAGACCUAAAUCUUACCUUACAUGACAAUGAAAGAAGCAAUAGUAAUGGCUCUUCUUCUAGAGCCUCAAAACUAGCUCAAACUGUCUUAGAAACAAUCCUUAAUGAUUUAGGUUUUCAUGGAAACUCUUACACCUGGACCAGCAAUAAGCAUGGAACAUGGAAUAUUGGAACCAGUUCCAAAAAUUGGAAAUUCUUUGAAUGCUGGUUACGUGACAACUCAUGCAAACUUGAAAUUGAAAAAGCUUGGUCAGCAAGUUUCAAUGGGUCGGCUGGCUUUAUCUUGGACAAAAAGUUAACUGAAACAAGAAUAACUUUAUCAAUCUGGAACAAAGCUAUCGUUGGCAAUAUCCAAACCAAGAUCAAGGAUUUACAGCAGCAUCUCAUAGAUCUUCAGCGGCCUAACUCAGUUCAAGAUAAUACUCAGCUGGCGAACAAAAGGAGAACAAGAAACAUAAUUGAAACUCUACAAAAACCAGAUGGAAGUUGGUGUAAUGGAAGAUACAACCUUGAAGAACUUCUCAACUCGCACUUCAAAAACAUCAUGAGCACUUCGAAUCCUCCAUCUAAUUCAGCCUUACUUGAUCUAUUACCUACAUGUAUUACUGAUGCAGAUAAUAAAGCCCUAACAAAAAUACUGGAUGAAGUUGAAAUAACUUCAGUGCUCAAAUGUAUGCAGCCAUGGAAAGCACCAGGACCAGAUGGCUUUCCUCCAGGUUUUUUCAAAGACAAUGGCCAAUUGUUAAGGAUGAUGUUAUCAAGAUGGUGCAGUCUUUCUUUAUCUCUGGCAGAUUAUUAA